AUGUCUGACCAUUGGCAAAGCACAGUCUUUCCCAACGAGCCAAUUUUCAAACUGUUGCUAGAAGCUGCGCAAGAGAACCGACAUGUCGCCGUUUCCGAUUCCAUUCGGGGAGUGAAUGCCAGCUAUGCUCAACUUCUGGUGGAUAUUUGCACCAUGCGCGAGGAGAUUAGAAAGCUGAUCCCACACUCCAUGUUUGACGCAAGAGGACUGAUGCCACUCGAAGCAACGUGCAUUUUCAUUCUUGGCCCAGCGAGCUAUUUGUUUAUUCUGGCUUCCUUCACCGCUCUCUCUCUAGGCGGUGCAAUUUUCCCACUGAGUACUGGAGCAAGUCCGCCAGAUGCGUACCGACUCUUACAAAAAGCGCGGUCCUCAUUAAUCUUAGCAGACCCUCUUUACCUCAACCAUGCUCUAGAGAUCAAAAAAUACGCCGAUGGGGAAGGGACUGAUCUCUAUGUAGUACCGACCACCUUCAAUAUUGCCUCCCCAGGAACUCUCCUGAAGGCCAAUGUCAAGAUCAAUCAGGACUUGAUGGUCGAACAGACUCGGCCGGGGUUAAUCAUCUCGACUUCUGGCACAACAGGACCCCCUAAGCUGGUCGUACAUGGGCGAGGUCUCUUUGCCUCUGGCGCACAUUACCAGAGUGGUGAUGUCUUUUUGUGUCAUCGCUCUCCAGUAUGGUUUGGUGGGUUGUGGCCGCUCAUCUCCGUUGUUCUCGCUCGGGCAAAGCUGAGAAUCGUGGCAAGAGAUGCGUCCGUCAUUUGGGAAUCCCUUCGCAGUGACCAAAUUACUUUCCUGAGUACGGUCCCGGCCGUUUGGACACAACUUAUGGAAUAUUAUCAGAGCCAUAUCAGCAAUUUAGCGCACGAACAAGCGGAAGCCUACCGGCAAGGAGUCCAGAAACUGCGCAGGGCUAUUGUCAGCUCGAGCUCGCUGCUGCCGUCUGUUCAGAAAUUCUGGGCAGACAAGAUGCAAAGGCCACUGAUGGUCGUUUAUGCGGCAACAGAGCUAGGUGGUGCCGCACUUGUGAGGGCUCCAGCUGCGUUCCCAGACGAAGCGCGCCGCAUUGGGAAGCCACCACCUGGAGUUUUAGUGAAGUUGUCCGAAGGAGACCAUGGCCAGCUGCUAAUCAAGAGUCCAUCCGCUUUUCUACGAUACCUUGGGAAUCCAGAAGCAACAGAAAAUGCCUUUGACGAGGACGGUUACUACAAAUCUGACGACUUUGCGCAUCGGGUGGGGGAUGAAUACGUACUCGACGACAUACGAUACUACGGGUAUAAGGUAAUGACCCACGAAGUUGAAGCCCGCAUGGCUGUCCUCCCGUAUAUCUCCGAGGCAUGCGUUCUAGCAGUUCCCGUCGCCAACGAUGCGUUUACCACGGAAAGAGUUGGAGCUCUUGUGCGCCUUCAAUCUUCUCAUCUACCGUCCAAUGGCCCGUGUUGGGAUUGUCGUUCGACACUGGAGAGGUUGAGAGCAGACCUCUCUAGAGAUUUGGCAUUCCAUAUGCUUCCCACCGUCCUUUGCCUGCUCCAUGACAGCGAGCAGAUCCCGAGGACAGUAUCCGAGAAGUUUAACAGACGAGACGCUGUGGAAAGGUACUUCAAGCCAGGAAGCUUUGACCUACCGCAGGACAUAAAGGUGUGGGAUUUCAAGUGCCAGAAUUCUUAG